UCACAUGCCAUGGCUCACAUGAAUUAGGUACAGAGAAGCGUUAACAUCGCCACCGCUGUGUAUUAUAUAUAAUAUAGAUUUGUUUACUUCUGCAAAGAGCUAUGGUGUGAUAUCAAUUUAGCUUCAUCGGAGUGAGAGAGUGAGCGAUUGGAAUUGAGUUUGCUUCACGGAUACUUUUUGUAUAAUACAGGCUAAUUAUAUCAUAUUCUACUGCGGUUGUAAUUGCAGAAAACCGUUGUACCAGACUUUGUUAUGUUCAGUGCUAGUUUGGAUUAAGGCCAACUUCGUUGUUUUGGAGUUGGGGGAGUUAUUUUUUCUGGAUAUCAUUAACGGGUACAUAUAUAUAUAUAUAUAAUCAUCCAUCCUAAUGCCUGAGUCUGGUGAAGUCGAGGUUUUGACGCCGACAAGCAUUAAUCACCACGCACUGCCAAACCGUCGCAGAAUCGGCCUGAAGCUGGACAUCUCGGCGUUCUCACAGUCUGUUGGACAACAUUCUGAAGACCCUCACCGACCAAAGAAAUGCAAGUUUGAGAUGUCCACCUUGAACGCUGCCAUACGACCGAAUCUCAACAGCACCUCAAAUUCGAGGACAAUCUUACCGGACGAACUGGCCUCAAAGUUGACCAAAUCCAAGCCCCUCUUGGUAAUAGACUGUCGUUCCACGCUUGUGUUCGAUGCUAAACAUAUACAGGGUGCUGUGAAUGUCAGCAUCGCUGGAUUUUGCAGGAAAAGACUUCAGCAGGGACAAAAAAGUUUAAUAGACUUAGUGAGCACUAGAGAAGGGCGCGAUAUGUAUAAAAAGAAAAAUAAUAAAGACAUUGUGAUAUACGAUGACCACACAUCUGACUUACGGGAAACAACUAAAGACAGUCCAAUAAAUAUUGUUAUAAAUACUCUUCUCAGGGAAGGCAAGGAUCCACACAUAUUAAAAGGGGGUUUAAAAGAGUUCUGUAGUCGCCAUAGUGAAUUGUGCUACAGUACGAAAAAUCACGAAUUCAGCCGUCCGUUGGUCAGCCCAACAAUGACCAUCGUAGAACCAGCCAUAGAGACCGCAAUAGCGUCAGAAGUCUUGCCUUUUGUAUAUUUAGGUAAUGAGCGUGAUGCUGCCAAUCUCGAACGUCUACAAUCCAAUAAUAUCAAGUAUGUCCUCAAUGUGACGUCACACGUGCCUCUUUAUUUUGAAAAUCAAGGAAUUAAAUACCGCCGUAUCCCCGCCUCAGACAGUUGUCAGCAAAAUCUUAAACAAUAUUUUGAAGAAGCCAUCGAAUUUAUUGAUGAUGCUCGCCAAAAUAAUCGCCGUGUUCUCAUCCAUUGCCAAGCUGGUGUGUCGCGUUCGGCUACUUUAACAAUAGCCUACAUCCUUAAACAUACGAAAAUGACCAUGACGGAUGCUUACAAAUAUGUGAAGGGCAAACGCCCAAUUAUUUCACCGAACUUUAAUUUUAUGGGACAGUUGAUGGAAUUUGAAAGAGACUUAAACCAAGGCGAUUCCUUACGCAUCUUACAGCCACGUUUACAGGGAAUUGAAAGCAGUGUGUGACAUACGGACAGUUGUGUCCAUUGUCCAUCGUCGUCUAGUCAUACAGUUCGGCAAUUCAUUGUAAAAGACAAUAUGAUAUAUACUAAGUAUAUACAUGAAUAUAUCCAUGAAAGAAAGAAACUGUUUAGUAAAAAAAAAACGUGUGCAAUUGACUUAAUAUGAGUUAAUGUCCCAAAAGAACUCAUUGCGUGUGACGUGUGUCUACAACAUCAUGGAAGCCCAUCUUAUAGUAUGUAUGAAUAUCUUAUAUGGCGGAACAAACAAUUGACGAUCAUCUGAAAUCAUGAAACAUAGGCACGGAAGAACGACAUUCCUGAUAUUAAACACCCCAUCUUGUUACAAUUGUAGAUUUCAGUGCCUUUGUCACAUCUCCUGACAAUCAUAAAUCAUAUUGAUAAAACUGCCAAAAAAUACAAUGCAUCGAGUUCACACAUGAUAAUACAAAAUAAGACAUAUGUAUUAUUUUCAUCCAUAUAAGUCUUUGAAUUAAAGUAUACGGACCAAAAUACAUACAUGCAAUUCACGUAAACGGUUCCGUACGUCUUUAGACACGCCCAGUGUAAUUUCCACACACUGCUCUAUAUUUGCAGUUAAUUUUAUCGCUCGUGUUUGAAUGAUAUUAACUUGUGGAAUUUUUGACUCACUUUUUCUUAACUCUCUCUCUCACGGGCUAUACAUUUGUAUGUAAGCUGAAUGUAGGUAAAUUCUACAUGGCUUGGGAAUUACGGAGUUUUAGAUGAGAGGUUCGCCUCAUUCUAAACAUCUGACUCACGGUUGAGAUACACGGUAUAUGUUUGCUGUAGUGUUGAAUUUAUCUUGUUCAGUUUAACAGCAGUUUAUUUAGCUAACAUGGGAGAAAGUUCAGAGAGAAAGGGUGGUAAAUAAAGAUUUACUUUAUAAAUAUACUUUACCCACAUAAUAGAUACCUGUAUGUAUGCCUUCCCCGUAUACCCCCUUUUCCUAAUCUCAACUCUCAUUAAAUACAUUAAUUAUGUUAAAUUUGAGUAAGAUGUACCAUUCCAUAAGAUUUCAAAGAGGCUAGUAUAUUAAUAAAAAUCAUAAAUUUAUCUUUUUUUCCUCCAAAUUACUGAAAAUUCUGUUGUAAUAAAAUGAACUACCUCUAAGUCUCAAAGUUGUUAAUAUCAUUAAGAUCCUAAGUGCAAAUGUUUCAUAUGUUAAGAAUGUUGACAUCUUUAAGGUGCUCUGUAAAAUUAUUUACGUGUUGUGUUGAACAUUAUGUUUUUGUGCGUAUCUUUUAUUUUCAUUGUAUUGUACACACAUUUGAUUGUUGUGACGUUGAAAUUGACAAUCUGAAGUCUACAUAUUAUUAUAUGUCAAUCAUUUUGAAUAUCCCGCCCCAUUCUCAUUCUAAUUUCACGUGAUUGCCUUAUAAUUUAAUAGGACAAUCCAUUGAUUCAUUCAUCUCCAUAGACCAUCGUAUACUAUGCAGAUAAUAGAACUAUUAAUGUAUAUAUACAUAUUUAAUUGCAUACAUACCCCGAGAUGUAUUGUUGAAUAAUAUACAUAUUGUGUACAUUAUUAUACUUAUAUACUUACACCUUUUCAAAUGUAAAUAUCAUAUAAAUUAUUUCAUUAUUUAUUAAAUUAUAUUAAACACAAGAAUACGUAUAUUUCAUUAGUCAGACAUGUGCCAAUCAUAUUGUAAUCCAUGUAUACUAGUAUAUCAUUUUACAAGAAAUCGUGCAAUAUUCUAUUUUGUCACUUACAUAUAUAUUUGACAUCAUAUACAAAUCCUACGCAAAUAUCGAAAUUAUGUAAACAAAAUUUGUCCAAAUCGCAUUGUGCUAACAUUUGUUUUUUCUAUCUAGUAAUUAAAAAUCAAAAUGAAUAUUUGAAUUUGUGCUAUUCGACAAUUUUCCAGAACAUAUCAGAUCUAUUGUCACUUGUCAGUCAAUCAAAAUGAAAUGGAUGACAAUGAUAUUAAAACUGAACGGCAGUAUAUCUUUUUAUACUUUUUAAAUACAGAAAUAUGUUUGUAAGCUUUCAUAUCACCCCCCCCCCCCCCACCCAGAUACAUUUUGUUCAUCUUACAUUAAAUAAUCUGAAAAAUAUUUUUCAGUUUGUGUUAAAAACUUGUCUUUUAUAAGAAUAAAUAUGAAUAUGAUUUUUUUAUGAAUAAAAAUGAAAAAUAAAAAAAAUAUGAUC